AUGAAUGCUGACUACGUUUGGAAAUUAUCCAAAUUCGGUCGUCUUACAUCAACUCGAUUAAGAUCGGAUGAUGAUUUUGCUGAUCGAUUGAAUUAUCAGUUCACUGGACUAUUAUUAUUUGUAUUCAUUGGAAUUAUAGGUAUACGACAAUAUGUUGGCAAGCCGAUACAAUGUUGGACACCGCAAGAGUUUACCAGAGCAUGGGAAGAGUACGCAGAAAAUUAUUGUUGGGUAGCCAGUACUUAUUUUAUACAUUUAACCAGAUAUCCAACAUCAAAUGUAUUAAUAUCGCAAUCCAAUUUUAUAUCAAAUGGUUAUAUAGAUGCAAAUGGACAACGUAUAUUACAGCCGUAUUCAAUAUUCCCAAAAAUUCCAAAACCAAAACCUGGCGAACUACCAAGUGACGGUCGAUUAAUCAGUUAUUAUCAAUGGGCUCCUAUUCUGUUAGCCGUUCAAUCAUUUUUAUUCUACUUACCAUGUCUUGUUUGGCGAUUAUUUGCUGGUCAAUCUGGAUUUCAAGUGAAAAGAAUAAUGCAGUUUGCUUCAGAGGCAGCCCAAGCAGCUCCGACUGAAGGUGAUGCUUCAUGUCAACCACAAAGUCAGUUAAGUCAAGUCGAUCAGACCAACCAAAACAGAAAACGGACCUCCGUCGUUGCCUUAAAUACUGCAAACUUUCCGAGUUCUGCUCCAAAUUCUAGCUUUUCUGCAACUAAAUCAGUAAAAACCCUAGCUCGCUAUUUAGAUAUGUGCUUUAUGCGGCAGCGAGAACUACGUCGAGCUGUUUUACUUAGUUCAAAUCAAAAGCUCAAGAGAAGUAGCUUUCAACCGCAACCUUCUCAGCGUCAAAGUGGAUUCUACCUUCCAGAAACGGAAAGUGGUGUUACUGGACAUGGCCAAAGAUGUGCAAAUCGCAUUCCCAGCAGUGCUUCAAGUAGAACUAGAUUAGGGUUAGCUUCGGAGCUGACAGAUUAUGAACAGAAUUCAGCAGUUCAAAGCUCAGUGACACAUCGAAAGACAAGAUGCUUUUCUUUUUCUUCUUGUCUUUGCAAACCCUUUGUAAAGCGGAAAUCAGUGUCCAGUUAUCAACAAUACAGCAAUAAACAGUUUAAGUUAACACCUCAAAUAAGUCCAUCAGGUAAUGUAGAAACAGGUUCAAUGCCAAACAGUUACUAUUCUGCCCAUAAAACGCUUGGUGAUCGUACACAAACUAUGAAUGAGUUAUUUAUAGAAGAACCUUUGCAAAAUUCAAGUACUUGUUGUUCAUGUUGGCAGACACAUACACCAAAAAAUCCAUCUAGAAACUAUAUUACUCAUGUAUCACCGUGUAGGUAUCAAGGGAAUUUUCUUGUUCGCUUAUAUAUGCUAGUGAAACUAAUUUAUUUAUCCAAUGUAAUUGGACAAAUUUUUCUGCUGGAGUAUUAUACUGGUGUGGAAUAUAAUUUUUAUGGAAUUAGAGUAUUGUAUGAUCUCGCCAGAGGAAGACAAUGGGAAGAAUCUGGUCAUUUUCCUAGAGUAACAUUCUGUGAUUUUGAAGCAAAGAAGCUUGCACAAAGUCAUUACUAUACUUUGCAGUGUGUACUCCCAAUCAAUAUGUUCUUGGAGAAGAUAUACAUAUUUUUAUGGCUAUGGUUUUUCUUAGUCGGUGUUGUCACAUUCAGCAGUAUUAUUAUAUGGAUUAGACGGAUAGGUACAAGAAAUAUGAGACUUACUUGGAUUCGGCAACAGUUAAUAACCAUACGUCAAUAUAAUAAAUUUGAAAAAGGUUUUGAACAGUUUGUUGAUAAUCAUAUGGGUCCAGAUGGAGUAUUUUUACUUCGACUUAUUGCACAAAAUUACGGAGAUUUAGUAGCAGGUGAUACAAUUGGUGAAUUGUGGAUGGCUUAUUGGCAAAGACGACUAGCCAGUUCGUCGGAACGUAGACUAACUGAAAGCAUCUCAAGAAAACCACCAUCACCAGCUCCUACAUUCAAUAGGCUUGAUCAACCUCUUCCAUCAGAUAUAUACACUAAAAACCCAUCAACAAGAAACCAACGUAAUGAAACAUAUCAAAUGCCUAUGAAUUUAGUAAAGGGACAGGUAGAAAAUAAAACUGCUAAGCAUGGUAAGAAAGAUAAAUCACGGCGUAUGGCCACUGCAUCAGGUUUUCCAGCGGCUCUACUUGCCACGGAGAUGGUGCAUCCAGUAGAUCGUUUUGGUGUACCUUUAAUAGCAGCUACUCGUAAACCACCAUCUUUGCCUUCUAGAUCAUCAUCAAGGUAUAGUCAAAGAAGUCGAUCAAGAGAAAGAUCAGAAUCACCUCCACCAAUACCACAAAGAUCUCCUGGUUGCGAAAAUUAUAGUUUUAGCGAUAAACAGUCAAUAAAAGACUUUGAACAUCAAAGUGAACACUCAUCUGUAAUUUAUCCAAUCUCUCCUACUGGACCCGAUGAAGAAGAGAUUGUUGACCAGCCGGCCGAAGCUAUUGUAGAAAACGAUCAAACAGUUGAUAUUCAAGGAUCAUUUGAAUAUGAAGAUCCACAAGGCAAUAUAUACACCGAAAAUAAUCAAAAUCAAUACUCUGAAUAUGUUCAGAAUGAUGAUAAUAUUGUAUGAUUUGUAAAUUUUUGGAUAAUAU